UUUUCCUUUUGAUCAUGGUAAAAGACCGAAGGUCACCAACCAACUUAACUGCCUGUGGCCGUCUGCCUUCUUCUCGCUCCUCACACCGAAUCUACCUGCUGCGUCGACCGAGCCAAUUACGCCUAACAAAGCCACCAGCUCUCGCUGCGAUUCGUGUGAGAACCCCCCGCCCCCCCUCCCCCUCCCCCGUUGGCAGCCUUCUCCCCUUACGUUUGAUACAAAAAAAAUGAGGCAUGGUGAUCGUAAAUUUAACGUACUCUCUCCGCAGGAUUGAGAGAACCCAUCCAAGAGCGAGUAUGCAUAGGAAGAAAAACUCGCGAUCGCCCGCCAAAAGUCACCCACACUCCCGGAAACCCUCGAUGGAUAGCAUACAAGACGACGUGCCCGGAGGUGAAUUGACCGUCGCUCCCGCCACUACAACUCCGCUGGAAACAACCCGAUCCUUGCGAGUGAACAUACGAGUGCCGACCGAAAACGAAUGAAUGCUGUCGGUGACACCAAACAGAACCAUGGGGAGCUGCGAGCGUGCCUCUUGGCAUUUCUCGACCAAUUCUUACAAGAACACUGUCACUCGCAUCUCCCUCGCUCCGUAUGUUCACGCACGAGGUUCACCCUGCCGCCGCCGUAACUGGCCUACCUACCUCGGCAUGUGUGUGUGUGUGAUUUUAACUUAACUAAGGCCAACCGCUAAGUAGCUUUCGUAGACGCUUGAUACGACUUUCACAUGGUCAGCGUCGUUCUGCCCGAAUACCACCAAAAACGAUGUACACCCCCCUUUUCCCGUUCCCCCUCACCACCCGACGACGACGAAAUCAACAUCGAUGAAGUGCUUCAGUGGAAUGUCCACCCUUCACAUAGAACCACCACAUUCAAAACACCAGUACAGAAUAAAAAGACUAAAAGGCGGUGCCUGCGGCUGGACCAACACCUGGACGUGAACAACCCAAACCGACCCAGCCCGAUCAGAGUUGUCGGCUCACAGGUGGUUGACGAGUUUAAUGUAGCUAAAUGGUGCCGCUUGAGUACUUGUUGAACAACGUGGGCGAUUUGCUUCGCCCGGCCGGAGCUGAACAAGGUCCCUGGUCACACUCUAAAAAACCUCCCUUUACAUACCACACAACCACCUAUUAUUUCCAAUCGUGGCUGAUUUUUUUUAGCAAAGUCAUCCACAACCCAAUCUUGCCCUCUCCUGCUCUUCCUCCUCGUUUGUCCAUCCUACACGCCUCUUUCCUUUUUUCGCGUCGGUCCCUGCAACAGUUCAGUUUGUGACUUCAAACACACCCAUUCCCGACAAAUGAUACCUAUUUCGUUACUCAUCUUUUUCAACUAUAACCGCUACUAAUCUAUAAUUUCCACUUUUUCCAAACUCUUUGACACUCGAGAAACGAGA